AUGAACAUCCGACUGCCUUCGUUGUUCCCAAGCCUGGGCUGGAAGCUCGGCCCAUGUUUGCUUCACUCACGACCAUUUGCUGAACCGAUCCGAUGGUCCUCAUCAGGGUCUCGUUGGAAACAGCGACAAGGCCGUGACGCAUAUGCACGAGGUGCAAAGGUUCAAGGGCUCAAAAGCCGAGCAGCUUUCAAGCUCCUAGAAAUGGACUCCAAGUACAAGCUGUUCAAAGGCAAUGGGCAGACAGUGGUUGACCUGGGAUAUGCACCAGGCAGUUGGUCACAGGUUGCUGUGGAAAGGACGAGACCGCAUGGCCGGGUCAUUGGUAUCGACCUCAUCCCAGCCCAACCGCCUCGUGGUGUAGCUACAUUUCAGGGCGAUUUUCUUUCGCCAGCUGUUCAGGAGAUGGUCAAAAAUUUCAUUCUUGAAAGCCAUCAGAACCCAUCUAUUGGUCAGGAAACGGUGGAAUCCGACAGCUCUGUCGCAGAAGAAGGCAUCACGGUCGACCACCCUAGCUAUCUCGAUAUGGAACGACACACGGGGCAAAACGAGCCACCAGCAUCUGGACUAGAAGGACCAAGCAAGCGCAUCGUUGAUGUUGUUUUGAGUGACAUGUCAGCACCCUGGGAGCAGACCACCGGCUUUAGCGUGAAGACAUUGAGUAAUCCCUAUCAUAGGUUGAUGAACACGAGCGGAAACGGCUUCCGUGACCAUGUGGGCAGUAUGGACCUUUGCGCUGCUGCUCUACAGUUUGCUAGCGACACUCUUCGAUCUGGGGGACAUUUCGUCUGUAAAUUCUACCAGGGACCCGAGGACAAGGAGUUCGAGAAAAAGUUGAAAACUCUCUUCACCAAAGUUUUCAGAGAGAAGCCUGAUUCUUCAAGAAAGGAGAGCCGGGAAGCAUACUUUAUUGGCCUACGGAGGAAAUCUGGUAUUACGAUAGAACCCACGGACAUAGACGAAUAG